GAUAGACAAGCAUCACUAUGUUCGACCGACUGAUUGUGGGAUCUACUUCUCAUACUUUGUGUUCAGCUAUGGACCACGCAGGUAUAUGCGCAACACACGUUAACAACUUGAGGGCAACACUGAAUAUUCCAGUAGCUAGUCAAAAGUGUCUGCAAAACCACGAGAAAUCCAUUGGACCUAAAACAGAGAGUGUUGCUGCUUCAAGUUGCAAAGAUUCUGCAUCAAAGGAGAAAGCCCAAUCUGGCAGUGAAGGCAUUAUGAUGAGUUAUGACAUGGGAUGGCAGAAGCGAGGACGUAGCCUGACUGGUGUUGGUCAUGCCAUUGGUGCCAAGACGGGCAAAAUUAUAGCUUUAUGGUACUUGCUCAAAGCGUUGCGCCAUUUGCUUCAAUGCUGAACGCCGCCACAAAGCUGUUCCUCCUCAUGGUUGCAAGAAAAACCAUUCCGGUUCCUCAAAGAGCAUGGACGGUGCCGUAGCUGUGGACAUUGGCAACUCCUUGAAGGAUUCUGGUGUGAACGUGGCUGUUAUGGUGUGAGAUGAUGACUCGUCGGCCAUAAAGCGUUUGCGGACAGAAGUGUUUGAAAAUACAUCGAAGAGCUCAGACUUGAACCAUGUAAAAAAGAAUCUUGGUAAGUCACUCUACACAAGCUGAAGCAACAGGGCCACAAGGAAAUAUCGGAUAUGGUCAUCAAGAGCGUUCAGAAAUGCUUCAUGUACGCCGUGCACCAGUCAAACAAUGAUGCCCCAUCUUUGAAAGCGUCCUUGAUGGCAACCGUUCCACAUCUCUAUGGUGAUCAUAAGGGUUGUGGAGACUGGUGCGCAUAUUGCAAAGAUCCUGCAAACUACAAGCACACGAGCUUGCCGUAUGGUCGUGACUUGUCCAAUGAAAGAACCAAGUCUGAGCUGAUGAAAAUCUUCACAGUGUAUGCCGAAAAUGAACAAGCUAGCUAACCACGGAAGCUCUCAAGCCAACGAGUCUUUCAACAACACCGUAGUUAGCAAGCAGCCCAAGUCGAGGAGCUACGCAUCAUCUGGCUCCUUCAGCUUCCGGGUUGGUGCAGCAGUCGCACAGCAGACCAUCGGCUACACCUAUGUAUCAAAAGUGUGUACAGAGGCAGGGCUUUCUCCAAGUAGGCACGCCGAAAUGCUGGGACGGAAGAUGGAUGGAAAACGAAAAAGGGAAUCACUCCGGAAGUCGUCUAAGCCAGUGAAGAGGCGGCGACUUGAGCUUAGUCAACUCCGAUCUAGCAAGCAGUCGGCUGUUGAGGUACGAGAAGGUCCACAGUAUGGAAGUGAAUGCGCUCUCCGGCCAUCAGAUGACCAUGUGUUGCCACCACCAUCCGGGCCUGUGUCAUGUAAGCCACUGGAGACGUCAAAGGACACUAACUUAGUGUUCUUUGACCUGGAAACGACAGGGUUCGGCAACUGUGCCGAGAUAGUUCAGCUUGCGGCCCAGUCUGGCAGCAACACCUUCAGCCAGUACGUUGUGCCGGAAAAAUCCAUCCAUCCGAAAGCCACGGAGAAGAUCGGUCUGACUGUCACUGUGGUCAAUGGCCAGGGGAGGUUACAGCGCGUUGGAUCCAAGGAGCCUUUGCAAUCUGUCACCCUCCAUGAUGCCAUCACCACUUCAUCCGUUGGUUAGGGCUCGGCGGUCAAACUGUGUUGGUUGGUCACAAUUUGCUCAAGUUUGAUUGCCGAGUCUUGUUCAACCAACUGGAGAGUUUAGGUAUGGUACAAGACCUUCUCUCUGCGGUGGCUGGGUUCAUCGACACUUUGCCUGCCUUCAAGGAUGCGCAUCCAGGUUGUGUCUCCUACACUCAGGAGCAUCUGUUCAGCCAGUUUGUUGGCACCCAGGGUAUGAUGCGCACAAUGCGAUUGGUGAUGUGAAUGAGCUCUAUGACAAAUGCCUAGAUUCAGACAAGGCAUUCACACGCUGUGUUACAUCUCAAUCGUCAUUUGAUGUGCAUGCAUACAACCUCCGGUGCAAGAAAUUGCCUGAAGAGAUGAAAGCUAGCAUCCCCGUCAAGGCGCUGUCUAAUGGCAUGGCGAUGAAAAUUGCCAGCAGUGGGCUAAGCCUUGCGGAUUUGAGGGUUUCUUUCCGGAGAAACGGUGCAGCUGGUCUGAGAGCGCUACUUGCAGAGCCCGAUACGACUGGUCGGCGAAGGGUGACAAAGUCUGCACCGACUCUAGCAAAGCUGGCGGGGCACUUUGCUGAGACGGAAGCCAUCGGCCAGGCUGCCAGUGCAACACAGUGUGAAGACAUCACUGCUACGCCAAGUGCCACUGUCAGUGCUGCCCCAAGUUCCACUGUCACUGCUACGCCAAGUGCCACUGUCAGUGCCGCCCCAAGUUCCACCGUCAGUGCUGUUGCCAGCGCUUUGCUGCCACCGGCCACUCUAGCAUUGUAUCGUUGCCGGAAAGCAGAAGGGUACGACUUGCCAGAUCCUGCUUCUAUGAAGUGGCUGAGCAGUGUACAAGCCUAGAGUGUCCGGCGGACCAUGACGACAGCAUGGGCACGUACAGGUAUUGACAGCUACUACGUGUUUUCAAGCGUUUUACUAUGGCGAUGCAUUGUGCCUACUCUGUAGGUAUUCCUUUCCGUAUAUCUGCUCCAGAUAAUAUUUAUGGUUUCUUGAUUGCAAUGCCUCUGCGUUUGAUGAUAGCUAAAUCAAGACUAAGGCUUACUAAGCUUCAACUCAUUCCUGCUCCUGUAUGCAGACAUUAUUCUAAUACGUUACAUCGAAUUGCUGUAGCUAUUACUAAUAUUUUUCUUAGUUAGCUUAGGUUCUUACUACUGUGAACAAAGCCAUUGAAGUAUAAUAAUAAUAAUAC